GGAAAUCAAAGAGGAACAGGGAAGUGCGACAAAACGGACAAAAUAAACAUUCGAAGAUAUUUUGCGUGAUUUACGUCAAAAAGCAAGUAAAUCAAACAAAAAAAGCAGUGGAUAUCGCGAGUAGACGGAAAAUUUUCGUUUGUGUUUAGCUUUCUCAGCAGAUUUUCUUGCAAUCGUCGCGAUUACAAUCAUUCGAAGAGGAAAAAAGUUCGUUCAUUGUGCCGAGAGCGCAGGGAGGGGGAACAAAAUUUGUCGGUGGUUCGUGGCUCGCGACUGGAUGUAGACGGACCUAGCGUUCAGUCUACUAUGGUGUUCUCGAAACGAAAGAUGAAGCAGCUGUUCGCUUUCGGUGUGGCCAUUGUCUUGGUGAUAUGUUUGUAUAAGUCGUGGGGUAGUCCAGCCGGUGCUAAGCUAAGUCUAGGAAUUGGUAGUGCUAAUGAUCUAGAGAGUAGUUUCGACCGAAGAAGAUUUGUUCCUCCGGGCCAGGAGCAUCAUCCACCCGAUAACAACGAUGAAGCGGCGGUGGUGAAUGGGGACCACCGAGUGUUGGGGGAUAGUGUUCAUCAUGAAGAGUUCGGGAAAGAGCAGCAAAACAGGCUAAAUGAGAUGCACGAAGCAAAGAAGCAAAUCCUGCAGUUGGAGCUGAAAAUUCAAGAACUGGAAGGCAGAAUACCUAGAAAAUAUCCCGAUGUGACGUUCCUGAAUUACAGGAAUAGAAAGCGUAUAUUGAUUACCGGUGGUGCUGGCUUCGUCGGUUCCCAUCUGGUCGAUUACCUGAUGAUGCGGGGCCACGAGGUGAUCGUCGCGGACAAUUUCUUCACUGGGCGGAAGCGCAAUGUCGAACACUGGCUGGGCCACGAAAACUUCGAACUGAUCCACCACGACAUUGUCAAUCCACUGUUCAUCGAGGUGGAUGAAAUCUAUCAUCUGGCCAGUCCGGCGAGCCCACCGCACUACAUGUACAACCCGGUGAAGACAAUCAAAACCAACACCUUGGGCACGAUCAACAUGCUCGGUCUGGCGAAGCGAGUUGGCGCCAAAGUGCUGAUUGCGAGCACAUCGGAGGUGUACGGGGACCCGGACGUGCAUCCUCAACCGGAAACAUAUUGGGGUCACGUGAACCCCAUUGGGCCCCGAGCCUGUUACGACGAGGGUAAACGGGUUGCCGAAACGCUGAGUUAUGCCUAUGCCAAGCAGGAGAACGUCAAUGUUCGUGUGGCGCGGAUUUUUAAUACGUACGGCCCACGGAUGCACAUGAACGAUGGCCGGGUGGUGUCCAACUUCAUCAUUCAGGCAUUGCAGAAUAAGUCAAUUACGAUGUAUGGCAGUGGUAAGCAGACCAGAUCGUUCCAGUAUGUGUCUGAUCUGGUGGACGGCAUGGUUGCUCUGAUGGCAUCCAACUACACUCAACCGGUCAAUUUGGGCAACCCGGUGGAACGCACUAUCCAGGACUUUGCCGAAAUAAUUCGCGAUCUGGUGGGCGGCAGGAGUAAAAUCGUCGAGCUUCCGGCAGUAGAGGACGAUCCACAGCGGCGCAAGCCGGACAUUUCACGCGCCAAGAAGUAUCUCAACUGGGAACCGCGGGUUCCACUGAAGGAGGGACUCAUCAAAACGGUGGAAUAUUUCCGAAAAGAACUGGCUCGGUCCAAUCACUCCCAACGGAAUAUUUUCGUGCCGGAAACGACUGAAAACGAGAACUAGCAUAAGGGACCCGGUUAAGUGGUUGAAGCGAUGAACGGUUUGUGUGGUAUGUUAAACGGUUUUCAUAUCUUAGUCACGGUGUUGUGAGUGGUAGAAACGAUUUAUUCGAGUGUUACGGCUGUUAGCAGAUGUGAAUGUUCUGUUUUCGUUGUUACUUUCCUUUGUGCUCUUCCAUUGAUUCCGAACAUUCAAUAUACCCUUCUUUCAUGACAGUACAAAUUUCUACCAUCUUCAUUCGGUCAUUUGGCUAGCAGUUUCUUGUUCAUCGUUUCAUGAUGCACCUGAGGUGAUAAAUGCUCCCAUGGUUUUGGGUCUAUUGUGUACAGAGUACAAAUUCUGAUAUCGAUUAACCCAAUUGAUUAGUUUAAUCUUUAUGUAGUAUAACAGCUCUUAUGUUGGAUCUUUUGUGCAUAUAUUUCCAGAACCUUCCUCUAGUCUUGUUAUAAUUUUGUGAAUAUUUUUAUGUAAACUAAAGAAAAAAAAUAGUGAAUAGUAAAA